AUUAUGACUCGGAGACUAUAAAAAGGCAGUUGCACCAUAAGUAAUGUAUGUGUGGUCAGCUUUGACUCUAUGGAUUUGCUCAUUCCUUUUCCUCUAUAAUGUCAUCAGUCCCCACCAAGGAGUCCCCAGCCCCAGAUGUUGGAUGAGGAGGGGGCUGAAACUUCUGCUCUCUGGAGGAAAGGUUGCAGAUGAUGAAGCGGAAGAGUAACUGAAGGAGCAGCUCUGAUAAACAGGUUCUUUCGCCUGUUGGAAAAUGCAUUUAUUGCAUUCCUUGGCAAGUCCCUCAGAAAGAACAGAACGUAUUUGCUUCCAGAGAUGAACACGUCCUCUCCACUGUACGUUUCUGAACUAAACCUGAGUGCCUUUGGCAGCAACCUUACUGUGCCUACUGUCAAGAGCAAGUCAUCACCAUGUGAGCAAGUGGUCAUUGCAGCUGAGGUGUUCCUAACUCUGGGCAUUGUAAGCCUCCUUGAAAAUAUCUUAGUUAUAUGUGCAAUAGUUAAGAACAAGAACUUGCAUUCACCCAUGUAUUUCUUUGUUUGCAGUUUAGCAGUAGCUGACAUGCUGGUCAGUGUGUCUAAUGCUUGGGAGACCAUAACAAUAUACUUAAUAAACAAUAGGCACAUAAUUAUGGAAGAUGCCUUCAUCCGUCAUAUAGACAAUGUCUUUGAUUCAAUGAUCUGCAUCUCUGUGGUGGCUUCCAUGUGCAGUUUGCUGGCUAUAGCAGUAGACAGGUAUAUCACCAUCUUCUAUGCCCUGCGUUAUCACAACAUCAUGACAGUGAAAAGAUCGGGGCUUAUCAUUGCAUGCAUCUGGACCUUUUGCACAGGCUGUGGCAUUGUCUUCAUUCUGUAUUAUGAAUCAACUUAUGUUGUCAUUUGUCUCAUCACUAUGUUUUUUACCAUGUUGUUCCUCAUGGUCUCGCUAUAUAUCCAUAUGUUCCUCCUGGCUCGUACUCAUGUGAAAAAAAUAGCGGCUUUGCCUGGAUACAACUCUGUCCAUCAAAGAACCAGCAUGAAGGGAGCCAUCACUUUGACUAUGCUACUUGGCAUCUUCAUUGUUUGCUGGGCUCCAUUUUUCCUCCAUCUCAUCCUGAUGAUCUCCUGCCCUCAAAAUCUGUACUGUGUUUGCUUCAUGUCUCACUUCAACAUGUACCUCAUUCUCAUUAUGUGCAAUUCAGUGAUUGAUCCCUUGAUCUAUGCCUUUCGUAGCCAAGAAAUGAGAAAGACCUUCAAGGAGAUCAUUUGUUGCUACAGCCUGAGGAUGGUCUGUGGGUUGUCGAACAAAUAUUAGGAAAACCAAAGCAAACCAAACAGAUUUAGUGGUGAAGAGAGUUGAAAUGCAACAUCUUGCUGCUGCUUAUAAUUCUGCUGGAAGGCCUAUGGAACACCUAUGUUCAGUUUUCAUGAUUUCUGUGGCAAUCAGAAACCUUUUUUUAAAUGUAAAACCUUUCUUUCCCUCCGUGUACCUCCUUCAUGCUGGUGGUAGGAGCUACUCAGUGCUACUCUGUAUUAAGGGGAGAAAAAAUGCUUUGAAUCUCGUAUGCCUACUGAAGACUCAGGAUCUUUUAAGAGGCAUGAACAGGGAAAGUCAUAUUUUUCCUUUCUGCCAAAAGCAACGAGUGUGCCCUGCUAUGCAAAUGAGCCCAUUGGCCUCUCAGUAUGCAUUUCUCUUGAUAUUCUUUGUCUUUGUAGAUACAGCAUGGCUUAUGUUGAUCAGCAGAAUAGUUUUCCUGCUAAUACAUGACUUCAGAGAAGCGGCUCUGAUUAUCAGGGUUCAUGCACCUCAGUCAACGCAGUUGUAACUAAGAACAUAUGCAUAUAGCAGCAGCUGUGUAUUGCAGUGAUAAAAUACAUAUUAUGUAAGAGGGCAGUGUUACUCCAAGGUUUCUUAGUCAGGAUACAGUAUUUUGUCAUGUCUGACAACAUGUGUUCUUAUCACUACACCUGUGGAGAUGUACCAUAGGCUAAUUUUAAGCUGGUAGUACCUGAACAUGAAGACUGAGCCGAUUCUAGUUUGUCUGUUUUCCUCAUUCAUGAAGGCAGAGGAAGUAAAGGAUGCACAACUUCUAGGCAGUCGCAUAACGUUUUGUGGAGAAGGGAAGAUUGGGCCGGGGGGCAUCCUUUAUGCAGAGGUUAGAAAGUCAUUUCAGCUAGCAGUAGCUUUUGUUAUUGGAGGAAGCUCUACCGUAGAUUACAUCUCUCAAGCUGCGAGAGGGUGUUAGACAAAACAAUUUUGAUCAUCAGCAGGGACAGCAGGCACUAGCAAAACAGAGAUCUCAAACUCAGGCACAUGUAGCUAUACAAAAUCGUAACUCGCGCUCACAAACCAAAUUGUUUUUGUCUUUUUUGAGAGGCUUCUGUGGUUUGUAAGACCUGGAAACCUCCAUGCAUUUUGUGUGAGCAAUUUGCAUCUAGUUGUAAGCAUGCUGUUCUGUAACUGAUGUGUAAUGUGCAGAAGAUUGGAUUUGUCACAGAUGAAGGAAGUACAACCGCGGCAUUGAUUUUUUGAUGCCAAGGAAUGGUACGUAUCUUGCACUGAGAUAUAAACUAGGCAAAUAUUUUAAGCAGUGCUACCCUACUAAGUAGGUAUCAGAAAAUAGCUUGGAAAAAUGAACGAUUUCUUUCAAAACCUCACAGAAUAGCCCUCAUUACACUUAGUUUAGGGGAUGCUCUAAAACUGUUGUCAACAGAAAGGUUACGAUUGAGUCAAGGGGCCUCGGAUUACCCUUCUGUGGUAGAAAUUCUGAUCAGAUGUAGGAGAAAUUUUUUUAUCAUCAGGGUUGGAACAGGUACCCAGUGGUUAUGCAGUCUCCAUCCUUGGAGAUAUUCAAAAUAUAGCCCUGCUCUAAGUUUGAGGCCGGCUCUGCUUUGAAUGGUGAAUUGGACUAGACGAUCUCUACAGGUCCCUUCCAACCCAAAUAUUUGUUCAAUGAUUCUAUGAAUGAACUUGUGUAUUAUGAUAAAAAUAUUUCUUUUUUUUUUUCCUCUUGUGUAAGAAGAACCUUAAAAUAUUGUCCUCCACACAUCUAGAAAGAUAGCAUACUCUGUGAGUUCAUUUGCGUUGGAGGUCUCUGGCAGGAUAAGUCAGGAUAAGUCAGGCACCUUUUCAGCACUCUUCAGUUGCUUUUCUGCUGCAGCUUCAAGUACGUACCGCCUCCAGCUCUCACAUGCCUCUCUCUGACAUAAGCGGGAAUGUUAUUUUCAGAGGAGAGACCUUAUUGUGUUGACUGUCAAUACAGCGGUUACAGCAGUGCGGUAGAUGCUGUAUUCUUCCUUCAAUUAUACCUGAGAAUGGGAUUUCAGAGGUAUGUCUGUCAUCUGGUAGUAAGAAUCUUGCCUAGUUUCAGUCCGCUACUUAACCCUAUCCAUAAAUGGGACCUAAGUGGCACAGACCAUUGAGUGGGCUUUUGCUACUAUGGAUGCAAAAUAUAGCAACAAGUGAGACAAUUCAAUUGCAUAGUGAAAGGUACCAGCUGAUGUUUUAAAUAAAUUAUUAAAACUUCACUUGAUAUUGCAAAUAAGAAACUCUUGUACAUAACUGUAAACCAAUAAAUAGCAAGCCAAAACUGUAACAGCUUUGGGGAUUUUCUUGAACUGUACAUUACUUUUCUGUAUUGGAAGUAUAUUUGAUGUAUAAACACAGACAUAUGAAGAAACUAUUAAACUGGAUUGUUGGAAAACCCA